CGCUAUGCACUCGGCUUGUUCUCAUCUCACUUGCCAGAUGGGCACACGGAGGGAGCGGGGCUUCUGGGCUCCACCUAGGAUUACCCCGCGGGGUAGCAACGAGUCACAAGGUGCUACAACCAGUCUAGGGAACUUUCUUGAUAUCUCCCCGCUGGGCGGAUACUAUCAGGGAAGAGGACCAAUUCCCCCACAAUAAGGUCUGGGGGAAAUGUUUUCUGUUGGUGUUGAGAGUUUUCUGGUAUGCAUUCAGCUGACACCGACGCUACCUGAUGGAGAAAAUAUUGCCAGUUUGUGGAUUCACUCUUCGUCUGCGGGGUUCUCAUCUCGGAUCCAAUGGGAUCAAUUUGACUGCGCAUGUAUUGCCAUAGUUGGCUGGGACGGCGCUCGGCCAAUCUCGGGCACUUGCUGUGCCACGUGUGGAGUCGUGCUUGAGGAUGGGUCUGUUGGGUCACCAGUAAUAGCGCUAAAUUCAGACCUUGUUCGCCGGGUGCCCAACGCAUUACCUCCCGUCGAACAGCGCCUGGAUUUCGCCUUCAGCUACAAUCACGAUGAGCAUUCCUUCUGCCCUUCUGGAUCCAAAUUCUCACGCGUUUGUUCCGCACGGGUGUACCAUAGAGCUGGAAUUGCCUACGUGAGGCCCCGGGGCUGUCCUUGGUUCUAAUGCCUCAAUGCUGUUAGCUUCGCCUUCGUUCCCACAGCUUGGCUCACGCGAGAUUUUCUGUCACGACCAAUGAAGCAGUCAUCAGGCUGGAAAAAUCGUGCUAUUUCCGAGUCUCUGAGUAGUCAGUUCUUUGCUUCUUUCCAGCGAAGGCAGGUACUGCCCAGUAUGUAAUACCC